AUGGGCCCGCUUUCUCAACCAGUGUUCUGCAACUCCGCUUCAGAACUAAAGAAAGCACGGACAACACAGCGAUCAGACGGUAAUUCAAUACCACCAAGUGAACUGGCUAUGCGAUACGCUCAAUACUUCUGGAUUGUGUUCUGGACCGUUUCUUGUCUGGGUACUCAUCGUAUUAUCCGCAAACGAUGGGGACUCAGGGGGGAUCAUUCUUUCAAAGGAUGCGGUGGUACAACACGGUUAGGAAGAUGUUCCGUCUCUGGAAAUCUGUUUGGAUCUGUCAGGCUGUUAUUUUGCCGUCUCCUAACAAGCGUCGUAUAUUCAAGUCAGAGGAUAAAGUUUCAACGGACCGACAUGGUAAAGAAAUGGAAAAAGGUUUUCCUAGACCUCGAGUCCGCAGAGUCGGUUGAAUUUUGGGCAUGUAUAGCAUUGCCUUUUGCCUCUUUAAUAUGGUCCACAUUAUUUUUCAUUUCCACCGCAAUUGCCAUAGCCUGGGGAGAAUGCAAAACACCAAGCGACUCCUGGUCUCCGCCCGAGCCCGCUUUUUGCGCUAGCGGUGCCGCGGUCACCCUUAUCCUGCUCUUGUGCACCACCCAGUUCAGUAGUGGUUUCAAGUAG